AUGGAAGCCCCUCGGGAGAUCCUCUACCACUAUGAGGACAUGGAGGUUCAUGAGAAGGCUGCCUUCGAUGAGAUCAUCCGUCCUGCCGACUCGUACCUCCCCGAUGGCCGCUACUGGGCCGAUCUGCCCGUUGGCCAGCGUAUCGGCUUCAUCAUGAAGCAGGAUCGUGAGGAGACCGCCAAGGAAUGGAAGUGGUUGGUGGAGAUGUUCAAGGCCGACCCCUUGUCGCCGAUCAGCUACUAUUUCAAGAAUUUCGUCCUGCCCGGUGCUGGGCUGGGUCUUGAGGGUUAUGUGCUUUUCUCCAUCUCCAACGUUUCGACUCUCUUCAAAACAUCCUUCAAGUCGUGCUGGGGAGGCGGCAAGCAUGCCAUCUGUAACGCCAACUGGAUUGCUGCGGUCAACUACAUGGAGGUUGCUGGUAUCAUUGUCGGUCAGAUUCUGGUCGGUUACCUUGGUGAUGCUAUCGGUCGUCGCUGGGGUCUGAUUCAGGAUGCCGCGAUCAUGUUCGUCGGUCUGAUUAUGCUGGUCGCCGCCUGGGGUGUUACCCAGAACGGUUGGGUCAUCUGUUACGCGUGGUCUCUGUUCUUCUACUCCAUUGGUGUCGGUGGUGAAUAUCCCAUGACGGCCACCAUUGGUUGCGAGAAUGGAUAUGGUUCCGGAAAGAUCACCACCUCUCACGAUCGUCUCCACCGUGGUCGUACCGUCGUCGGUGCCUUCACCAUGCAGGGUUGGGGACAAUUCGCCAACCAGGCGAUCUUAAUCCUACUACUCCUAAUCUUCAACUCCGGCCACGGAUCUCCCCCAAUCAGCGAGACGACCACCCAGUGGACCUACCGUGUCUCCUUCGCCAUCCCCGCUGUCGGUACCGCCUGGCUCAUUUACUACCGUGCCUACCACAUGAAGGCUGCCUCCAAGCAGCUCGAAGCCGCGAAGGCGAAAAGCUCGGUCACUGGCUACGAUAUCCAGUCCUUGAAGCUCACCUUCAAGCACUUCAGUCCCCGUCUCAUCGCUACCGCCGGUGGUUGGUUCUGUAACGACGUCUUCUUCUACGGCAACAAGCUCUUCCAGAGCAGAUUCAUCAAAGUCAUUAGCCCCCACGACAACAGUGUGAUUACCAGCUGGCUCUGGACCCUCGCCAACGUUGGCGUGGAACUGGCUGGCUACUACGGUGCCAUGUGGAUGGUUGACAACAAGCUGUACGGUCGUAAGUGGGGUCAAAUUCUCGGCUUCAUGAUGUGUUUCAUUCUCUUCGUCAUCCCCUGCUUCAAGCUCAAGUACUACGAGAGCCCGGAGCACAUCCAUUCUUUCCAGGCGAUGUACUUCCUGAGCUCCUUCUUCAACCAGUUCGGCCCCAACUGCAUCACCUUCCUCGUCGCUGCGGAGGUCUACCCUGCUCCCAUCCGUGGUACUGCCCACGGUAUCUCCGCCGCUGCUGGUAAGGUCGGUGCCCUGAUCAUUGCCAUCGUUGGCGCCUACACCACCACCCAGCAGCAAUUCUACAUUGUGCCAUGGUUCGGUCUUGCCGGUGCUCUGAUGACCUGGCUUUUCCUCCCCGAUACCACCGGUCUUGAUCUGCGCGAGCAGGAGCGCCGGUGGGACUAUAUCCGCCGCGGCCGUCCCGAAGAUUACCAUGGCCCUGCGGUUCACAGCAAGCACUUGUCGCUCUGGGAGCGCUGGACCGGCAAGGGCAAGUACUACGAUACCGACCUCGACUACAAGAUGAAGGUCCAGGAGUUCCGUGCCGAAUGGGAGGCUGCCAUGGCUGCCCGCGGCUCUGAGACCGAUGGCUCCAUCACGGAGCUCGAUGAGGUCUCGGAGAGCAUUCUGCAUGGCUCCCUGCACAAGUACUUCGAGCGUACUUCCCCCGAGAUGAAGGGUAUGAAGAAGGAGAUCGCCGAGCCUCUUGUUCUGCCCGCUCCUGCCUCUUCCCACGAGGAUACUGAGACUCUCCGCCACGAGUAA